AUGGCAGUCGAGAUGGAGCAGCAACGCACCCCUGAAUUGACCGUUUCAGAGUCUGAGAGUCGCGUCGGCACGGACUCAUCGGCGUCUUUGUCUUUGUUAUCCAGUAUGGACGAGAAUAAACCAUUUGCACCUAUUGACAUCUCAAAGUCCGUCUUAAUGUGGCCUGAGUCGAAUGUUCAACGAAUAAAGCCAACAACACCUGGAGGCUCUAGUCUUAAAGUCGAGACAUCGCUUGCUGUUGUUCGUAAUAUGGGCGUCACACUUGACGAAUCGGUCUUUUCGAAACCUAGCGAUGGUCUUCCAGUACCGAGCAUAAGCUGCGAUUCGGUAUCACCCGUAUCUCCAACCGUCAUGAAAGAUCUGAAUUUUGACUCUCGAUUGAUAUCUGAUGCUUGGUCAUACGAGGGGCCACAAAACAUGUACGCGCUUUUAACUCAACCCACGCAUCAGAUAGACCCGUUAAUUAAUGGGACGGGUCUUAGUGCCCCGUACAUGCAAAUGCACCAGCAACCGUUGCAAUUGCAACUGGACCAAUUGCCACUUCAAAUGUCUCCACUUCAUGGUUCGAGUUUUUCGUCCUUAUACAUGUCGGGAGGUUCAUUGACUCUUAGUCCACAUCAAAUGAUGAUGCAUCAACCAUUAAAUGUCUCGAGUGGAAACUACGCUACAACACCUUCGAAUGGGAAUCUCAAUGAUUCGUUAAUUUCAGGUGAUCCGACUUUAUUUCUAGCUCCAAGUGGCAGUCCGAUAAAGCAACAAAUUUUACCCAUGCCACAUGGAAAUGGUGUAGUGGACGUCAAAUCUCUAACAUUGAACGAAUUACGGCCACAUUUUAAUAAACCCAUGGCAGUCGUGGCCAAGGAAUUAGGUGUUUGUAUCACAUUAAUGAAGAAAAUUUGCCGUCGCAAUGGCCUCAUUCGAUGGCCACAUCGAAGAAUUCGUAGUCUUGUCAAUCGAAUUACAUCGCUACAAGUGCUAGCAAGCAACGCUGCAGGUGCAGAGUGCAAACGAUUUCACGGACAAAUUGCCACAUUGCGUGAGGAAUUAUCGAGUGUGAUUCAAAAUCCAAACGAAAAAAGCCGAAAAUCUCAGUCCGACUCGAAAAUGUCAAUGGACACGGGACAAUUUAAUGCUGGAGACGUAUUGGAUAUUUUUCCAAAUCCGAAUGAAAUGGUGGAAACUAAGAUUGACGUUCAAAACGAAAGUAUUGAGAAUCAUACUAACGUCAAAAGCCAAAACGAGAACGCGAUUGAUGCAGACUCGAAUGCAAUUGUCGGAGUAAAAAGUGUUGAGAAGGAGGCAAUUCGCGAGACAUUUCGAUCGAAAAAGCGCAAACAGACGUUUGGACUCCAUGCACACCAACCGCCGCCCAUCAAAAUUUGUUGGCAAGACGAUCUGCCUUCGAUUUGUCGCUUACAGAGCCAGAGUGUACCAGGACGACGACUUCGUGGCGAUCGUCGUUAUGGACGUUCAAGGGACGUAAGUAUAGGCGGAUGUUCGACAAGCGUGAGGCCGUCCACAACAACUCACCGAAAUGGCAGGCGAGGAUCAAUCUCAUCCAUUUUAAAUGGCAUGCCAGAGUGA